UGCAUAUACACGUGUUCAAACACACCGAAGAUGUUUGUACAUGGGGCACGAGAUUUAUACGUUAAAGGAGCUGUGUAUACACUACAAAAUACCAAUGGCAUUUCUAUACCUAUAGUUAACACUUGAAACCAGAUCAGCAACUCCGUACUCUUGGGAACUUUUAUACAUUUAAUAUAUAAUUCCUGGGCCUCGGGACUUUUUAUACCGUAAAUAUCGGAAGCUAGAUAUCGUGUAAUGUUUAUCGCCAUUACAUACUUACACAUUAUAUAUAGUAAUAAUAAGUAAGUAAUAUAAGUAUUAAUAUUGCAAGUCACGUGGUGCUCAAAGUCCAAAUAAUUUACGAAAGUGACUACACUAGGGAUAAGAGACAACAAUGAGUCGGGGAUCAUUACGUUUACCUUUCAUAUUAGUUGGGCUGAGCCUCUUUGCUCUGGCACACGCUCAUAUACGAUGGGUAUGCCCUCGUCCUGAGGAUCCGAACACGGGACUAAAAUCUGGUCCUUGUAGCCCCGACCAUGCAAGCAAAUUUGACAGAGAGUAUAUGGACAUCACGCCAGGUCCAAUGACAGUUAGGUUUGAAGAAUCUAUUGUGCAUGCAGGUGCACCUACUAUCAUCUGGCUACAUAAUUUAGACAAAAAUGAAUCAUGUUUGCUCUUGGACCACAUCCCACAUAAUGAUGCGGGAGAAAUGGAUCUCCAAUCAUGUCCUAUAUUUGAUUAUCCAAUCGGAAGAUGUCCUUCCCAAAACUAUGUGACUGUGAAAAUCCCAGAUAUUGAGUGUGAAAGGUGUUACAUACAGGCCAUAUCUGUUAUGCUGGACAAAUACCCUGAAGGUGAAGUAUGUAAGCAGAUUGACAGUGGCAAUAACAACUGCAGUACAUACUAUACUUGUGCCAAUGUUAAAAUCAGGCCAACGUCACGAGGUGUGGGUAAAAGUACAGACACCUGCACUAACUACAAUAACAAUCUAUUGGGCACCUGGCCCUAUAUGUACCCCAAUGGAAUCUACUUUGAUCUGGGCAUGGAUUUCUCAAAGCAAGGCUGGCUGCAAGGUUCAACAUUCAUUGGAGCUAAUGCCCCAUACUGGAGAGGUGUUGACGCAACUGGACCUUGUGCGCCAGAAACCAGGACAUUUGGGGGUACAUUAAAGAAUGGAAUGGAUUCUAAAGGGACAGUGUCUUUUAGUGUGACAGAAGACAGAAUGAGAUUAUCAGGCUCUAUGGGAGGAUUGGGAGGAACUGUUUCAAAGAUUGCAAUGUCAUCAUCUGCACAAGAUGGUGCUCCUGAGUUUACUGUCCCACUAGCCAUUGUGAAGACCAACAAAAUGGAAGCUAUACUAAAUAUGUCAUCGCAAGUAAAAUAUAUUGAGGAAAGUGCAGAUAAGUUCCUGAAUAAGUUGACUAUUAGUCAGUCUAAUGGAGAGACAACCAUGGAUAUUGAAGAAGUGAUGUCGGCUUCGAUACAUGAUGUCAUUUCCUGGGAGUACUAUGGGCAGGCAGUUUUUAAGCUUCUCAGAGAUAAUUCACUGCACAUAUCUGUUACUGUAAGCAAUGUUGCAUCUUUUACCGGGGCCAGUCUGAAUGGACCAGCUAGGCCUGGUCUAGAAGGCCCUGUGCUGUUGGACCUAACUAGUAGCAUGAAAUCAAUUGGAGAUGGAGUUAUGCAUGGCGAAUAUACCCUAAAUCUACACCGUCAUCCUCUGGUUGCCGAUGUGAUGAUGCACCUCUGGAAUGAACUCAUAUACAUUAAAGUCAGCACUACUGAUGCAAAUAAAGACAUACGAGGACAGGUAUCAAGGCCUGGAACUUGGCAUUGCCCAUCCCCAACGGUAGAAAAUCCCAAUGUGAAAGAAGUGCCAAACACAUGUUAUUGGUUCACUGUGACAUCCGAUGGAGGACGAAUAAACAUAGAAAGCGAAGUUGUCGACACAAAUGGCUAUGCUUCUAUGUAUGUGGACCCUGUUGUUCCUGGGCGAGUACAUUAUAGGAUUUUACUUCAAAAUGUUGCUCCUAAUGAGACUGUCACUACUGUUGGGAUCUACCAUUACCAAGUAGAAGAAGUUAAAGUUAAUGCAAUGUUCAAUCGAAAUGAUCCUGUAGCAAAAGAUCAUGUAUUGUAUGCUAAGGGAUAUGUGAAUGCUACGGCCGAAAUAGCGGGCUGGCUGCGAGAUGGCGACCUUAAACUAAGUAUAAUGACAUCAAGAAGUACAACUGAGCUUUCAGGGGACAUACCUAAAAUGGAAAGAAAUAAAUGCACCAGACCUACGCAAGUAAAUGUGAAUUGGCAAUCUGGCAACUCCGAUCUCCCUGUGACUGCGCUUCAAGGAGAUGAGAUGGUGUUCACCUAUAGUGGUACAGACACAGUUGAACUGCUCAGCAGCGUUGAUUCGUAUAAUAACUGCAACUUUGCUGGGGCUACUGUGAUAGCAGAGCAGGGACAAUCGCCCAUCACUUACAAGAUGUCUGCCACUGGGACCUUCUAUCUGUCCUCAAAGACAGGAUGUGCAUCUGGGUUGAAGACUGAUGUAACUGUUUAUGAUCCAAUACCAAGUGGUGAUCUGUUAUCAGAGGGUGAAUGUGCACGGAGUGUAUAUAGCUACCUGAAUGACAUGAACCCUGUAACGACAAAAAUCCCACCACCUAUUGGUACAACAACAAAUGGAGCAAUUCAUGUCGCAUCAACAAUAUCAGCAGUGAUAAUGUCCGUGAUUGUAGCAUACCAUAUGUAACCACCACACGAAGAAUUUUCUAAAAUAGCUUUCACAAAAUUAUCUUUCAUAAUAGCUUACUAAGGCUACACGUAGUCAGUUGCUAUCCGGUUAUGAUAUUUCUGAGAUAUUACUAUUCCAUUUUAAUAGAGGUACAUGCAUUUUUAUACAGUAUUUCAUAUACAACAAUGCAAGCACGCACAAUUUUCAAUUAUUUUAUACAUUGUACUUUUAUACAUACACUUCAGCGCAAACUUCAAAAGCAUAUAUAAGUAUUGAUAUUUGAUCAUUUUAUAAUGAUCAUGAUUACCGUAAUUACCAAAGGGAAUUGGUAUUGAUUAUGACUUAUCUUUACUUUAAACAUUAAGAUGAAUAAAACGUUAAACAUGAAAUAUUA